UUCAUCGGCUACUAACUUUUUUUCUUUUGACUCGUCCUCUUUAUAUAUAAUUUGAUAUAUAUAUGUAUAUAUAAUUCACACCAUAAACAUGUCGGAUUUAGGUUCGGAGGAUUUGGAAAAUGAGCAAAACCUUCUCGGGGAAUACGAAGGAGAGCGGAACGAAGCCGGGGAAAGGCAUGGAUCUGGGAGAGCGGUUCUGCCAAACGGGGACAGAUAUGAAGGACAGUACCAGUACGGGAAAAGACACGGACAGGGCACCUAUCACUUCAGGAACGGAGCAAGGUAUGUGGGGAACUACUUCCAGAAUAUGAAACACGGACAGGGCACCUUUCACUACCCAGACGGAUCCAAGUAUGAAGGUUCUUGGGCUGAGGACCUGAGGCAUGGCCAUGGGAUCUACACCUACCCCAAUGGAGACACAUACAACGGACAGUGGCACAAGCACUUCAGACAUGGCCAGGGCACCUAUAACUACCAGAACAUGGGCUCCAAGUACAAAGGCUCAUGGGAAAAUGGCAAGAUGGAGUCAGAGGGAGAGUACAUCCACUCCAACCACAGAUACAAGGGACACUUUGUCAAGAAUAGUCCUUCAGGCCCAGGGAAGUACGUGUUUGACCUGGGGUGUGAGCAGCAUGGUGAAUUCAUACCAGUGGAGCAGGAGCAGAAGGAGGAGUGGGGUAAGAUGAGCCAAACCACUAAUGUCAAAUGGAUCCCGAAGUACGUCAGUGGUGCUCCCUCUUAUGGCUCUCCUCUGAGGAACUCAUCAGCUUUGAAGAGAGAUGUGGCUGCAGCAGAAUAAUACACUGUCCAGUUUAUAAGAAAAUCUGCCUGUUUCAAAGUAUGUUUGUAAUGACACUGGCUUGUUUUGUU